UCGGCGAUCGCGAGAGGGGACUGGGCUGGGACUAGCAUAAAGUAUAGACAAAAAAUGUUUGAAGUUUUGAUCCAGUACAUCUCUGGUGUGCUUGACACACCUGAUGACCAGGUUAGUUGAUAGGAAGCAGCAGCGUUACGAUCGGUCCUUUUCUGCUUGUCCCGCGUCGAUUCUAGGUACGAUGUGUUGUACUCUUGUUUAUGGGGUAUCCCCUGGCGCUGGUGCUGCGUCACAUCCUCCACCCCUCCUGGACCUCUCUCCAUGUCAGACAUCUCUUCUCCUCUCUCUCUGGUCUCACCCUCGCCGCCCUCUGCUAUGACUGGCAGGUGAUGGUCCUGGUAGUUGGUGUAGCAGUUGGUUACAUCAUUCUAUUAGCUGCACCUUCAAACGUGGUCCAGAGGUGGAGUAUGGGAUGGGUGUUUGUGUUCAUGAGCUCCGGUCAUCUCUACCGCACCCUCACUGACUACGGAGGAUGGCAUUUGGAUAUCACGGGGUAAUGACUCACCUUGACCAUAGAACUAUGGUAACUGCACUACAGUAUCGAUCCCUAACAUCAUCUGGGGUACAAUCAUGCCGUGCAUAUUGUGUGCAAUUUAUCGUGUAUUGCUGCGUGUCUAUGAGCGUAUACACGUUGAGGAUGUUGGCCAAAGAACUGGGUUAAUUAUGCGGGCAGGGGGUGUGUCUAAGGACUCCUGCCCAGCCCCCCAGUACUGAUCACACCCCAAGCAGAGCGAGGCCGGUCUGUGCUAAUCCUUUGAGCUGUCUGCCUAAGUACCGAGUGGUCUAGGCCACUCUAGCACAUUAUCGCUGCCGUCACAACUCUCGACCUACUCAUUGACCUUGGUUAGUGGUCCGUACUCUGCAUGCAAACAAGGGCGCCUUGCAGUAUACCACCGUAUGUAUGUGUCUACAACUAAAGUAGUGAGGUAGAAAGGCAAGGCAAAGCAAACAAGUCAACUACACCCAGGACAACUCUUUCUUUUCAAGGAAAAGAAGAAGAGCUGUAUACAUGUACACACGUCUGCAGUUGGAUUUAAUGUUCCUUUGUAGGCCAAUGAUGAUACUGGUGCAGAAACUGAGUCUUGUUCCAUUUGCUGUUCAUGAUGGAAUGGGAGGCAAUAGUAGGCCUCUCAAUAAAGACCAGGAGAAGCAGAAACUGACCUCUGUGCCGUCAGUCCUGGAGUACAUGAGCUACUGUUUCAACUUCCACAGUGUACUAGUUGGACCCUCAGUCACUAUGAGGGAGCAUCUGGACUUCAUGGAUGGCUCCAACUUUUCAGCCUCUGCUACCAGUAGCCAACAGGCGACAACCAACACAUCACAGUCUACAGAGAAACAUAAAGAGCCAUCUUACCUGUAUCCAGCAUGUACCAAGCUCUUGAUAGCUCUGGGGUUCUGUGCCCUCUAUGUCUAUUCUGUUGACUACCACACACCCUUCCCCAUAGAUCCCUCCGUGAAUGUGUUUGUGAAGGUGCUGCGUUUCUCCCUGGUGUGCUUUAUCAUCCGCUGUCGGUUCUAUUUCAUAUUCGCUCUCAACGACAGCGUCAGCAAUGCGGCUGGGCUGGGGUUCGAAGGUUACGACGAACGGAACAGACCGAAAUGGGGGCUGGCCCAGAAUUACGACACCGUUGGUAUGGAGUCGUCGAUGAACCUGAGGAACAGCAUCAACCGCUGGAACAUCAUUUCUGCCCUCUGGCUGAGAAGGGUGUGUUAUGAGAGAGUGUCAUGGAAUCCAACUCUGGCCAGCUUCUUGCUGUCUGCCUGGUGGCACGGCUUCUAUCCCGGGUACUACCUCUGUUUCCUCCACUUUGGAAUCUCUCUGAUGGCAGCCAAGAAGAUGAGGAGGUGGUGUAACCCAUUCUUCACCGGUCAUGGUCCUGUGUUGAAGUGGACCUACCACAUAGCUACAUGGGUCCUCACUCAGGUGUAUGUGGCCUACUGUAGCCUCCAGCUGGUGCUCUUGUGGCCCUCUGAUGUAUGGACCUUCUGCAGUUACCACUACUUUGUUCCGAGUUUGGCUCCUCUACUGGUACUGCUGUUGGUACCAUCCAGACAGUCUCAGAGACCACAAGGACUCACAUGACGUGAAUGGAGAUGUCAAAUCUGGUCCCUCUUCAGACUCCAACACAAAACACUCCAAGCAAGACUGAUGCAUGGGUAGUGUCCAUGUCCACUAAGCUCAUUCAUCUGACAGUAGUAAUUGAGUAUGGUGGCAAUGCCCAAGUACCUUUGAACAACUAGCUACUGUUCUUUGUUGUCCAUUCUCUUCUUCAGACAUG